AUGUCCUUUAGCACUUCUGAUUCAGAGUCUGUCAGUAACCCUUCGCCGAAUACCAGUGCUUCACAGGCAACCAACGGUGAUGUAUCGCUGUUUUCGUUGCUCGCAUGGGAUAUUUGCAAGAGACCGUUUCGAGAAGAUGACUUGAACAGCGGAUCGAAACGGAAACAGAAAACAAAUUCUGAGCUGAUCAGUGAGGUCAGGAUGAAGGCAAUGGAAGAGAGUGUAAAAUUCAUGUCCGAUAUGCCCCAAGUCUACAUGCUCUGCAAUGUUUCAAACAAGACAGAACUUGAGAACAUUUGGAAGUUGGCGAAUCUUGAUCAACCCGGGUGGAUAUGCUCAAAUUCGAUAGCGGUAAAGUGA